CCUGGGCAUAGGUGAGACAGACAAGGAACAAGGAAAGAUCAGACACGGUUCAGGUGGCUGGGACAUGGAGGUAAACACACUUCCAGGCUAUCAAACAUUUCCUGCCUGGCAGGAAACAACCACGUUUCUCAGAAAAAUGUUAUAAUCCCACGGCUUCCCCGCUGCUCCCUCCUCAGCAACUUGGCUUCUGUGCCAGGAAGCUGGUGCGUAGGGAGCCUGCCCCGUAAACAGGGACUGUACACGGGGAGGGGGUAGGCCAGUUGCUAGAGACGGACCGCGGUGCCGCAGGAAGCUCCGGGGAGGCCCCCAGGGCUGCCGCAGGAUGUGGAGCUGCCCACUGGAAGAUGGACGCCAACCUCAUCCAUGAGCACAGGCCACCAGGCCCACGAGCUUGGGAAUGGCGGACGGCCCUCGGGUGACGGCUGGAACUACAAGAAGACAGGAUCGCCCCCGUCACUCCUCCCUCGGCUUCCCUCGUGUCUGCUGGGCUCCGGGCCCAGAACGAUUACUAAUAUCUCCUACGGCACAGGGAAUAGCAACACGGACUCUGGAACCAAACGAGGUGGAAUCCUGGCCCAACUCCUCCCUGUUUGACCUUGGACAAUUACUUAAUCUCUCAUAACCUCGGGUUCCUCGUCUGAAAUGGGGGUGACAGCAACCUAUACCACAGGGUCAUUAGAAAGAGAAAAUGAGUUAAUAUUUAUCAGAUGCUUAGGACACUGCCCACCACCCCCGAGCGCUACGUAAGUGGUAGUCGUCACUAGGGUACGUUAACGACAGCAGCGGCCCUGAACGGAGCGCUUCCGUGCAUGAGAUCCCACUGAGUGCAGGCAGAAGAGCCAAUGGAGUGGGUGCCAUGAUAGUUUCCCUCUUGCAGAGAGAAAAGCUGAGGCUCAGACGGUGAAGGAAGGUGAGGAAGGAGGGAGCCCAACAGGCACCAGGCUCUCUGGCCCCCGCGCUGACACACAGCAAGUGCGUGCUGCAUCCUCCCUCGUGUCUUGGCUGCUUUUCAGGCUAAUUUAAAGCCGCUGACACGUACGAAAGGCAAGAGGCCUCGGACCCGCCACGAAUGCGCCCGAGGAUCCGCUUUCACUUGCCUUCUGUUCUGACCAAGGUUGUAGGGCUUACUGUGUGCAAUUCUUACCCCGCGGCUCUCCCGUUCUCUGAUUUCCAACCGAGGCCAGUGCUUUGGGGGAAAGGGAGAAGUGAGGGGGGAAAGUAGGCGUGGCCAGCUACUCGGCUCUGAGAACUCGAAGGGGCGACGGGGCCCAGCCCGGGGCGCUGGAGCACUGAACAGGGAACCAAGAUGACUGACAGCAGGUGUUCCCGGAUGAAGGGUGAACAACACCCUCCACCAUGAGGUUCGAGUCUGGCCGUACGGUAGGGACACGGAGGUGUGAGGCGAUACCCGGCCCCCUUACCUUCCUGCAUCCCUGUACCACCCCCAUCUUGAGAGGGACCUGGCCACCCUCUGACAGCCUACUCCCCAGCCCCCCCUUUUCCCUUUGCCUCCUCCUCAUCUCUUUUGAUGUUGCAGUUAGCGGCCAAACCAAGAUGAGGCUCAACGACAGGAUGUGCGUCAGAAUCUACAGGACACCAGACGUUUCCACUAUUCAGCUUGAUGUGGAGGGUAAAGAGACCAGCUACGAGGCCUCCAGCCUUCCCCUUGCACUCUCCCUUAACCUGUGCACUCACUCCCGAACCAGAUGGGCCACAGGACCAGUCUUUCCUCUCUCGCUUCCCAAUCCCUGUCCUUGGCCCUUCACGCAUUUACGCAUUUCCUUCUGGAGGGAAGACAGAGCUGCAAGGUCAGUGCGGGAGAGAGGCGGUGAGAAAUCUGAAGCCUGGAGAACAGCCUGGAGAAGGAGGAGCCUCCAGCUGGCGAGCUGCAUUUCAGAGCUCCUGAUCCCACACCCGGAGCCAGGGCUCCGGACUGACAAGUGCCGGGGACAAGAGGAGGAGUCAGGAACCUCAGAGAGCCUGGAUGGGCAGAGCUCCGGUGCAGGAAGGGCAGCCUGCGGGACUGCGUGUUGGGCUGAGUGGUGGUUCUUCUCCAGCUCCUGCCGUGAAUCACCACGCCACCUCGAUGACCUCUCACUGAGGCGUCUGUCCUGGCCAGGCCCCCCUGCCCCACCUACGAGACGAAGAGACUUAGCGGAAGGAUCGCUACUUGACUGCUGCCCCCCAAUCCCGGGUUUUCCAAGGAAAGGAGAGAACCCCUCUCUCAUCAGGGAGAGGCCCCAGCUCCGCCUUCCUGUAGGGCAGCCGGGUGCCCACCUCGGGGGAGGGGAGAGGGGCGCUGAAACGGGAAGCAAAGAGCUGAUGACCACGUGCCCUUCCGAAGCUAAGGCGAGACUCUUGAAGCUUUAA